AUGGCACAUAAUUCUAUCUAUGGUGCCCAGCCAUUUGAGGAACUGGGCAACGAGCAGGAGCCAACUUCUCCGACGUCGCUAGAGGACUUUUACAGAGAACAAGAGAAGAAGGAUCUCGAGCGUAAACUCUCCAAACGGCGGUCCCUGCGCCAAAAGCGUGGCCGGUCAAAGAGCUUUGCCUCGACGUCGGAUGCACCUCUGUCGCCAGACACCGAAUCCGCACGAAGUCCAACCCGUCCCUCAGAGGAGCCAAAGCUAGAACCGUUACCAGAGGCCACGGCCGUUAACGCGCCGCCCUCGACUCAACAGCUGUCCUGGCACCGCGAGCGAGAACAGACGGGCCAGUGGUACGCGCCAGAACACGAAAUACGACAGACAUAUGAGAUUCAUAACCCGGUUCCUCCUCCGAUACCAUGGACAAAUCACCAUUUACGUCCGCCAGGAGCUCCGUGGCCUCCGACCUCGCAGCCGCGCAAGGUCGUAGCGAAUCCAAACGUCGUAGGCACCGGGAGUACCGUCAGGGAUGUCACAGGAAUUGGUUCAGGCAAUGCCUCGUCGACCUCGUUUAUAAAGACUGCGUCCGCGACAAACUUGUUACCACCAGCUAUUUACGGACCAGAUCACAUUGACAUGCUGGACCCCUCGGAUCCUUGGGGUAUGCGUUGGCACCAUGAUGGACGCUAUGAUGUUGGAGAUUUCACAACCUCGACACGCGGGAAACCCACGGCGACCUGGGCUGGUACCUCCUCGCCCGCGGUGGAGAUUCCACCUCGGCCGCGGACUAGGGGCGGCUCGCCGAACGGCCCUUCCACACUACGGUCGAGCGUCAAAUCUCCCUCCCCACUCUCACAGUCAACGUCGGCUGGACCAAUGAAAAAUGGCUCUUCAAUUUCAUUGGAUACACCAAAACAACUUCAACGACGCUUGUCAAAACGCAAUAGUAGUAAUAUGGGACAGCCUGUGCUCGCCACAGACCAAACCUUUGGAACAAAGAGAAUUAGUGGAUUUAGGUCACUAUUUGCAAGUAACUCACAGCCAGUGGAUCGCCAACGCUCAAAGACUUUGGGAAGCGCAUCCGCACCGCCGACCGCAGGUUACAUGGGCCAGCUAGGAGACGAUUCUGCACGACCAAUGUCGACUCUUCCACCGUCCGUUAACGGUCAAAGGACAUCACUCAGCCCGUCGCCUACCAAGGACAAGCGCUCGUCUUACUUGGGUAGACUGGUCAAAAAGUUUUCAAUCAUCCGCCACAGCUCAGAGCCAGAUCCGAAAGUGCUGACAGCGCAGAAUCAGCACCCUGGCCUGAAGCGAUCCGUGUCAACGGCGAACGGCAUCUACGCACAGCGGCCUGCCGACAGUGGUUCCCAUCCUAAAUUUGCUAGCGCUCCAGCUGGUAGCGACUCUCCAAUUGGCGUCGUCCCCGAGCUGCGCCUCGUGCAACCCAACGAGGGCGAGGACGACCAAAAGGGCCAGGCGCGGGAAGGUGCUCCUAUUAUUCUCAACGACGACCGACCUCUAUCAGACGCACGGAAUUCCCCCGAGCCGCACUUUGCGCAGUUUGGGGGUCUGGUCGUCACCAAUCCGGACGCUAUGGCUUCUGAAUCGGAGAGUAUAUCCAAAGAUUCGCCACCACGCCGAAGGCGUCUCAAGUCUGCGCCAAGCGCAUCUCCAGCAAUGGAAUUUGAUUCGCUACCUCGGCCUGCGUUUAUGAGGGGGAUUGGAUCCAACGAAAGCUCGCCUUCGGUACGCAAUGUACCCCUGCGAGUCGUCAAUGGACGCGAGGCGGACACCGAGACGGAAACGGGGACGAUAUUGGGAGAAAUUGUGGCAUCUCCAGCCCCGACAAUGUCCACCAUUCCGCCCCCUGUCCCCUCUCCUACAGACAAACGCAGGUCAUUACAGUCGGGUGGAGAACCAAGGACUAUUCCUGUUGUCCCUUCCAUCUCGGAUCUUCCACUCACCUCUCCUCCCAGUGCUGCUCGGUCGAUCGUCUCGAACAACUCUUUCAAGUCGUCGGAUAUGGCGACUGCACUCGAGACAUUGUCACCACCCGCCUCGAGCGUCUCGCUGAGCAGUAGUCUGCCGGUAAAGACGUCGACACCCUCCCCUCGCACGACACCCGAGUCUGCACAGCGUCCGUUGUCUAAUUACUCUGCCGCACCAUCCGUAGCGACGACGAUGAGCACCAUGACCAACCUUGCUUCCACGAUUGGUGACGAGGGCAACACGACUCCGACACGCCGUAGUCCUCCUUCGCUCGCUUCUGGCUCUGAAGACUUUGUUCGACCGACGCCACGGGCUGCAUCGCUCGCCAAUUCGUCUUCGUCGACUCGCUAUGGCGCUUAUUAUAGUCCAAACGCAUACCCGACGUUGUCCGUUCCUUCCACCAUCAAGGUGGAUCCGAAUCCACUGCCGACGCCACCGGCGCGACUUCCAAUGCCUCUUGUAGGCGAUAAUUCGUCGCGGGAGAGGCUCCAGGGAGGAUCAAGCCGUGAGCAGCUGCCAAGCUCGUCAAGUCGUGAGCAACUUCAGCGUGCACCGAGCAAAGAGCGGCUCAAGAGCAAGGCAAGCAAGGAUCGGGUCGAGACAUCGAGUACUGGCGAGCAGACCUCCAAGGGACAAAGCAAGCAAGGCGCAUCGAGGAAUUCGGGUCUGUAUUCUUCGAGUGCUCGGGACAGCAAGGCAGAGUCGACGUCGGCCAGUCGUCGGGAGAGCGCUGGUAUCGAUAUCAGGGAGUGGCGUAACCAGACAAAUUUCCGAGUCCCGGCAGAGCUACUUGAUCCCCGUCCUAGUCAAAAGGGCUCGAAGAACACUCUGGAUGAGCAGGGUAAAGAGGCUUCGACUGAGAAGCUUAAUCCUAGUAGGGCGCCUAUUGAGAAUGGCUAUAAUGUGACGUCUAGUCGCCCAAAGCCUGCGCAUUCUCAGUCCUAUCAUUUGCCUACGAGUCAGCGCGAUUCGGACAGGGAAUCCGAGCCUAGGAAGCGUACCAAUUCGACUGCCGGCUCUGAUCAAAAGUCGAGCUCUCAGCGGGAUGAACCCAGGCGCCGGACUAACUCUACGCGUUCGGGUGCGCCCUCCAGUUCUUCCGGUGCAAACGGCCCUGCGAAAAGCGACGCCUCGUCUUCCAAGCCGUCGAUCCUAGAGGACAAGCCCAUGAACGAGGAGAAGAAGAGGGCGGAGCCUGUACAGGAGAGCGGAGGCAAGCAGGUCAUAUCCGGCUUUGGUCAAACUUGGGAAGUUAUCGAGGCCGUCAUGAUUCAGCCAAGUAGGAACGGCUCUCGACGACAACACAGCAGAGAUAUGAGUGGGGACAGUGUCAGCACGAUUAGCCCUACGUCACCUCGACCGCUUUCCAAUGGCAUGUCCAGCCCACCACGCACAUCAUCGAGGCCCGGUUACAACGCGGCUGGCGAGCCCAUUGGCUUAAAGUCCAAGUCGCCCAGUAUCUCUUCAACGGCUCCUUCUCUCCCUCCGAAGCGAAUGCCGUCGGUUCCUGUGAAGAACACUGCAAGAUCGUCGCAACCUGUACGAGGACCGGAGAAGGAGCGAUCAAAGACUAUGGAUGUCCAACCGUCUCAAAGUCGUUCAAAAUCUCGCCCACGUGAGAUGACUCCUUCUCCUCCCCUCAACCUCAACAAGCCUCAACCACCUCGACCGCCCCCGACACCUGCCCAGCAACCAGCAAUGCUCCCCAACGGUACCUACUCGAGCCCAUCGUCUGGACGUCGCGACAGCCUACAGAAAGUGAGGCCGACGUCCGAGGUGGUCAAUACCCCAGAACUCAGCGCUCAAGAGGCUUGGGAACAUGAUCGCAUGACUGGACGUGGUCAGAGUGUCUAUUCUCCAGACGGCAUUGUCGCUCCCCCUACUUCAUCAUAUAGGACGAGUGCAAACAGCUCGCUUUUACAAAGCGUAGCCUCUUCAUCGGGAGGUGUGGGUGCAGGAUCCGCCCACACAUCGUUCGUCGUUCAACCGCCAUUCCAGCCCCGGUCGGCUCCGCCAACGCAAACAUAUUAUCCCAACCACUAUCCGAUCCCGAACCCCCUCCCCGCGCCGCCAGCUACUAUCCUACCCCCCAAAUCCGCCGCACGCAAUCGUAUUUAG